CAUACAGGAGAAAAACCAUAUGAGUGCGAUAUCUGUGGUAAUUCAUUCUCUACAACUCAUGGUCUCACUAUACAUAAACGUAUUCAUACUGGUGAAAAGCCAUAUCGCUGUGACAUCUGUGGUAAAUCAUUCUCCACUGGAAGUCACUUGACUACACACAAAUAUAUUCAUACAGGAGAAAAGCCAUAUCACUGUGACAUCUGUGGUAAAUCAUUCUCUGUAUCUGGCAACUUGACUAUACAUAAACGUACUCAUACAGGAGAGAAGUCAUAUCACUGUGAUAUCUGUGGUAAAUCAUUUUGUCAAACUGGUCAUUUAAGUGAACACAAACGUACUCAUACAGGAGAGAAACCAUAUCACUGUGAUAUCUGUGGUAAAUCAUUCUCUGUAAGUACUUAUUUGACUAAACAUAAACGCAUUCAUACUGGUGAAAAGCCAUAUCACUGUGAUGUCUGUGGUAAAUCAUUCUCUGAAUCUGGUCCCUUGACUAAACAUAAACGUACUCAUACAGGUGAGAAGCCAUAUCACUGUGAUAUCUGUGGUAAAUCAUUCUCUGAAUCUGGUCCCUUGACUAGACAUAAACGUACUCAUACAGGAGAGAAGCCAUAUCACUGUGAUAUCUGUGGUAAAUCAUUCUCUUUAAGUACUUCCUUGAAUAGACAUAAGCACAUUCAUACAGAGAUGCUAUAUUAGUAUGAUAUCUGUAGUAUAUCAGUCUCCCACAUUAUAACUUUACUAAACACAAAUGUAUUCACACUGGAGAAAGCCCAUAUAGCAGUGAUAUCUGUUGUAAAUUUUUGUCUACAACUUGUGCUUUAGGUAGAUGCAAACAAAUUCAUACACAAAAGAGGCCAUAUCAAUGUGAUAUCUGUGGCAAAUCAUUCAUACAGAGAAGCUAUAUUAGUACGAUAUCUGUGCUAAACCAUUCUUUCAUUUAAAUUCCUUAGAUAGUCACAAACGUUUUCAUAGAAGACAACAAUAUAUCUGAUAUCUGUAGUAAAUCAUUCACUUCAAGGUUUAAUUUAACUACUCAUAUAUGUGUUUAUGCGGGAGAAAAAGCAUAUCACUGACCUCUAAGGUAUAUCAUCUUUUCAAACAAACAUUUUUCGUACUCACAAAUGUAUUCAGACAGGAGAAA